UGCUCUGGCUCCUCCCCCUCAGUGACAUCGUCCUGCCCUCCCUCCACCUCCUAGGGCUGCUUGUCGGCUCAGGGAGCAGGGAGGCUGCAGGGACCCUCCCGGUGACUCCGGAGACAUGGGGCCGUGGCACUGGCUGCCCUGGCUCUGCCUGGCGCUGCCCCCAGGCCUGGGCCAUGACCCCAGCGGCCCCGAGCCCCAGCAGGUGCAUCUCUCCUACCCAGGUGACCCCGGGGCCAUGACGGUGACGUGGGCGACGCUGGCACCGGCCGGCUCCGUGGUGCGGUUCGGGCAGGCGCCGGGGCCGGAGCUGCCGUGGCAGGCGACGGGCUCGACCCAGCGCUUCGUGGACGGCGGCUUCCUGCGCCGCGUCCUCUACAUGCACCGCGUCACUCUGCGCGGGCUGGUCCCCGGGCAGCGCUACGUGUACCGCUGCGGCAGCCAGGAGGGCUGGAGCCGGCGCUUCCAGUUCCGGGCACUGCGGAACGGCACGGCCUGGAGCCCGCGCGUGGCCGUCUACGGGGACAUGGGCCUGGAAAACCCCCGCGCGCUGCCCCGGCUGCAGCGCGAGGCCCGCGCCGGCCUCUACGAUGCUGUCCUGCACGUGGGGGACUUCGCCUACGACAUGGACUGGAACGACGCCCGCGUGGGGGACGCCUUCAUGCGCCGCGUGGAGCCGCUGGCGGCCACGGUGCCCUACAUGACCUGCCCCGGCAACCAUGAGCAGAAGUACAACUUCUCCAACUACCGGGCCCGGUUCAGCAUGCCCGGGGACACGGAGGGGCUGUGGUACAGCUGGGACCUGGGCCCUGCCCACAUCAUCUCCUUCUCCACUGAGGUUUACUUCUUCUUCAUCCGCUACGGCCUGAACCUCGUGCGCAAGCAGUACCAGUGGCUGGAGCAGGACCUGAAGGAGGCCUCGAGCCCGGCCCGGCGCCGCAAGCACCCCUGGAUCAUCACCAUGGGGCACCGGCCCAUGUACUGCUCCAACAACGACUGGGACGACUGCACCCGGCACGAGAGCGUCGUUCGCCGCGGGCUGCUGGGGUUCUAUGGCCUGGAGAAGCUCUUCUAUAAAUACGGCGUCGACCUGGAGUUCUGGGCCCACGAACACUCCUACGAGCGGCUCUGGCCGGUCUACGAUUAUCAGGUCUACAACGGCAGCACGGAGGCCCCGUACACCAACCCCCGCGCCCCCGUCCACAUCAUCGUUGGCUCGGCUGGCUGCCGGGAGCGGCUGGACCCCUUCGUGCCGGCGCCGCGGGGCUGGAGCGCGCGGCGGAUCGAGGACUACGGCUCGGCCCGGCUGCACCUGCUCAACCGCACCCACCUGCACCUGCAGCAGGUCUCCGACGACCAGGACGGGAAGGUGGUGGACGAGAUGUGGCUGAUCAAGGAGCUGCACGGCCCCGAGGCCUGGGGCUGAGCGCGGGCGGCUCCCCGAGACACCGGGCGCACACGCUGCCGCCCCGCACAGGAGCUGGCGGGAAACUGAGGCAGGGGCUUGAUCUCCCGCGGGGCGGGGGGGGGGGGGCCGGGCCCACCCGGGACAUUCAAGCACUAAACACUGAUGUUAAUUAGCUGGGAUGCUAAUUUAAGACAUUAAAGACUGAUGUUAAUUA